AUGGAGCUUCUGCUGGAAGAGCAUCGAAAUCUCAUCGCCCGCGCCAGCGACGCCCUCCGACGGGCUCUGCAAGAAGGGUCCAAGGACCUUGCGGAGAAGCCCACCGUGCGCUCGGAAGAGACAUUCUACAUGGGCACGGAGGAGGACUUCGAGAAGCCCAGCGACGCCGCUGACGCGUACGCAUCCAGGCCUACGGAGGACUCCGACAGCCCCAAGCCGAAGGUUCCGUUCGAGCCCAUGGUUUCAGAGGCGCCAUCGCGCAGGAGUUUGAACGAGUCCCUCGCGGCAGCGAACAUCAGGCCGAGCAAGAGCUUGGGAAAGUUGAAGAAGCAGGCCGGACAUACCGGCAGAAGAGACUGUGGCUCACGCGUCCGCGCCUUCGUGCGAGGGCCGUUUGACUUGAUGAUGGGGCUGGUCAUCUCGAUCAAUGCCGUCGUCAUGUUCCUCCAAACCAUGGAGGAAGGUGCACGCGCUUGGCAGUUUUUGGUCUCCGAGGAGCAGGCCGGCGCGGUCCACACUGAGAUUGCAAGUCUUAGCAUCAGUUCGGCCUUCAAUGCGGCUGAGUAUGUCUUCAUCGUCAUCUACACCUUCGAGUUCGUUAUACGGCUUGGCGUCUUGAGCGGCGGUUUCUUUUACGACGGCGAGACGGGCGAAGGGAUUCAGUGGUCGAACAUGUUCGACGCGCUGAUUCUCUUCAUAGGCAUUGCGGACCUGUUCAUCUUGCGAAACCUCACAGACGACGGAUCCUUCAUGGAAACCGUCCCGAUGGCAAAGAUGUUGCGCUUCAUCAAGGUGACGCGUGCGCUGCGUCUUUUUCGAGUUGUCAAGCUUUUUCGGCAACUGCGGAUUCUCACAUACACCAUCCUUGCGAGUGUCGGCGCGCUCUUUUGGUCCAUGAUGCUACUGCUGCUGCUGAAUGCGGUGGGCGGCAUGGUGCUGAGCCAGGCCCUGCAGAGCUACAUUCUGGACACGGAGCAGCCGCACGGCGACCGCCAGUUGGUCUUCAAGUUGUUUGGCGACUCUGCCCGGGCCAUGUACACCAUGUUUGAAGUGACGCACAGUGGGUGCUGGCCAAACUACGCGCGGCCGCUCAUCGACGGGGUGAGCCCCUGGUUUGCUUGCUUCUUCAUGAUAUACGUGGCUCUGGUCGUGUUCGCCAUCAUCAGGAUCAUCUCGGCGAUUUUCCUCAAAGAGACCCUCCACGUUGCAUCUAACGAUGCUGUCAUGGUCGUCCAGGAGCGCAUGCGUGAGCGGGCGGAGUUUCAGCGGAAGCUGGCCGAAUUCUUCCAGGAAGCCGAUGCUGAUGGAUCUGGCUGCGUAUCGCGAGACGAGUUUGAGAUUAUCCUCCAGGACAAGCACGCUGCGUCCUUCUUGGACAGCUUGGACCUGCAAGCGUCCGAUGCGCACAGGUUGUUCGACUUGCUCGACGAUGGCUCUGGGCAGGUGACCUACGACGUCUUCAUCAAAGGGUGCAUGCGCCUGAAGGGACAAGCACGCUCACAAGAUGUCAUCAGCAUUCUCUAUGAUCAGGAGAAGAUUAUGAAGAAGUGUCAUGAGAUGAGCGCCAGCCUCGGCAGCGUGGAGCGGACACUGCGGACCUUAGUGGCUUCCGCGAAGGCGGAGCCGGAUGCGAAGAGAGGUCGUUUGGCGGCACCGCCGUCAAAGGACGACGCGCUGUCUGCUUCUGAAGACGGCAGCAACACCAGAUUUACGGUGUAG